AUGACCAUCAACGUCAAGAUUUCCCUUUGUAGAAUUACAAGAGCUAGCAAGCUCUUCCAAAGAAACUACUACCUUCCUCUGCUCAAACCCCUUUCUCCUAAAGAUGCUCUUCGAAGAAAAAUUAUUACUGGCCAGAACGUUUUGGGAGCCAGGAUCGAACAUUACAUCCCGGUUCUCAAACCGCACGACGAGAAACAGGCCGAAAGGAAAAGACGAGGCAAAGGAGUACCAGUCAUCAAGAAACGUAUCCGCAAACAUGAGAAAGAACGAUAUGUCGAACCCUUUUUCGAUGAAAACAUGGAAAACCACGGCCUUCUCCAAAACAUCCUUCGUCGUAAACCGAAAGGUAAGGGCCAACAUUACAUCUACGAAGUGAUAGACAAGAACUGCAACCUGGUCAUCGAUUCCCAAAUGGAAAGGGCCUUGAAAGACAAGGACAUCCUGGAUAUAACCAUGGCCCAACGUAGCGAGAAAAUUGUAGUCAAACUAGCCAAUGGGAUCAAGGUCACCCUACCCGUAGCACCCUUUAACGAACACGUACCCCUUUACCGUGGUAGCGGAUGGACGAAAGAAUUCGUCGAACAGGAACAUCACCAUGGCAAGGAAACCAUGACGAUCGCCAAAAUGUUCGAGGCCAAAGAAUCCGGUGUGGAAGACUGGGAAUUGGAAAUGAUGAGACUGGCCAAUAAGCGAAAGAAGAAGAACAAGGGCGAUGACCACGCUGACUGGAAAGAAAUGCUUUCCGGCUGUCUGGAAAACAUGGACUGGGAUAAGUUCGAGGACGACACGAAACAAAUCGUGGAAGAACAAGAAGAAGUCGUAGAAGAAGAGAAUAUCCCGAUGGAAGUCAACGAUAUGGAGAAAACCACUAACGUCGCCGAGAAACUGAAGCAAGGUGGCUCGGAAGUGCUCAACCAGCUUCCGAUCAUGAAAGAAAUCCCGGAGGUCAUCAAGAACCUCGAAACUGGUGACAUGUGCGAGCUGCAAAACGUUUCCGGGGUCAGAAUGACCCUGCCCAGCAGCGGAAAAGAGUGUUUCAUCACAGGCCAAAUGGUCAAAACGGACGAAAACGAAGUAUUCGUGCCUGGCCAGACCAUCCUCAGUGAAGACGGCGCUUCUAACUACACCCCGGGCAUCACCAUCUUAGACAACAACGAGCCUACUCUGAUCCCCGGUCUAGUGAUGGGCGAGGAGGAAACAGCUCCUGUUUUCCUUCCCGGAGAGUCGACUAUUACCGAAGAGGGCCAGCUGAAAUUCGAGGCGACCGAAGAGGAUUUGCCUAGGCGCAGGCAGCGUACCCCCUCUGACAGCCCCCCACCACCUCCCAGACCCAAACCUAAGCCAAAAGUCGAGGAGGAGAUUGUCAUUCGUCGGCGAGUGUUCGACGAACCGCAAGAACCUGAGCGCAAGGAAAGAGUCAAGAAGAGACCGCCAAUAGAGGUGAAACGUGAGUUGACUCCUCCUAGAGAAGUCUUCAGGCCGCAGCGUCAACCAAUGGAGGACCCGCUGAAGCUAUUGGAGGAGAACAGGAGGAAGCGCGAGGAAGAAGAGAAGAAGAGGAUGAAGGAUCGGCUGGAGGAGAAGAUACUGAAGGAGGAAUCCAAGGUCGACAAGUUGCGAUUGGACAUGAGGAGGAAGUUCAAGGAUCUUAAGUUCGAGAAGCCUAAAGCGUACGUUCCUUGCGAGCCAGUGAAGAAGAGCCAGAAGUUGGAAGAGCUGGAGAAGAGUAUAAGGAAAGGUACGUUCUUCGACGACGAUAAGACGAAGGAUAUUUUGGAAAAGGCGAAGAGCGCGACGAGAAUGCUGAAAUACCAGCAUGUCAUGAACCAGUUCGCGAACGAUUUUGGGAGACGGUUUUAG